GCCCAUUCCUCAUAAAUUGUAGAGAGAGAAGGAAUCCCCAACCUGAAAUUCUCAAGUUGAUCGCGGAUAGAGUUUGCUUCGUUGAAUGGUUCAGGGGAUAAAGGGCGAGUUAGAUAAGACAAGCUUCAGUUUACCGCCGAAAGGACAGAGAGGGGAAGAAAGGGGUCGUAAGAGAAGAAAGUGCUUUAUGUGGGUUCUCGUUUGGCGGCGAUAUGACGUGUGUAGGGAGGAGGAAAAGUUUGUUUUUUUCUGCGGUGGUGCUGCUGAUCAUAUUUACGUUACAGAUUUGGGCCUGCUGCCAAUACCGUGCCGGAGCUAUGCGGAUAUUCCCGGGAAACGGGGUGGCGCCGAAGACGACGGCCGAUCGCCGAGGGACGACGAAGGAGAGGAAAGAGAAGAUGGUACGGAAGCUCCUCAACGGAAGAUCUUUUGGUCUCAACAGAACCGAUAAAGGUUUUGAAGCGAGCAAGCGGAAGGUGCCCAGCUGCCCAGAUCCUCUGCACAACUAGUUGACACAUAUCUUUUCCCUCCUCUUGUUUACUGAUUUUGAAUUUUGGGCACUCAUUACUCAAUCCUAACCAAAAUAUCCACGUUUUCCUCAUCAUACUCUGAUUCAGUUGAGCAAUUUGUAGAGGGGAAAACGAGGGUAUUUUGGAAUUUGGCGUCAUUUAGUCUCUUUCUGGAUCCAGAACCACAAUAUUUUGUAUAAAGGCUUAGAAUCAAAUCUUCGUUCCAAGUUCGAAGAGGAAAGUCUGUACGUAGUGCUAAAAUCUCUGUAUCUAGUUUCUUCUACUUUUUGAAUAAUUUUUCAAUUGGGUU